AUGCAAUUCAAGACUCUCGCUGCUCUUCUCUUUGCCUCGGCGGCUCUUGCUGCCCCGGCUCCUGAUUCCACCGCUACCGCGGAGUCCUCCUCCUACGACGAUUCCGACGCUUCUGACGCUUUUGAGAGCAUUAACAUCCCAUCCUCUGUCUUGGAAAUUCUGGCUACCGCCACCUAUGUUGAGGCCUAUGCCAACAGCAUGUACACCAACACUGCUUUCGCCCAGGCCGAGGCGAGCCGUCUUGAAAAUGACAAAUACCCUUCCUGGGUCACUGAGCUUCCGGAGAGUGCGCAGACCUACGUUGAAAAUGAGCUCAAGGCCGAAGCUUCCGCGUACGUCUCAGCCGAGGCUCUGGCGUCCAGUAUCAGUGAUGAUGCCUCGGCCACUGAGACCGGAAGCUCGUCUUCUAACUCUUCAGCUGCGGUCACCAAGACCAGCAGCGAAACCUCCACUGAGACCGGUAGCACCUCCGCAACUGCUACUCACUCUGGGACUGCUUCCAGCUCCUCCAAGUCAGGAUCUUCCACAUCUACCUCCACUGGCGGUGCUCCCGCUGCCACUGGCGGCAUCGCCCUGAGCCUUGCCGGUGCUGCCGGUGUCCUGGGCCUUGCCCUUGCCCUGUAA